GUAGAUGAGGACGUCGGACUAUCCUUGGAUGAUGGAAAAGGUAUACCGACUACAGGUAGUGGCUGGAAAGGGUGUCUUGUUGGUACGGUUUUGAUCAAGAAGAAAUAUAAUAUGGAAGCCAUGGAGGAUACAUUGGCAGAUGUUUGGAGGCCAGUGAAAGGCAUGCAUAUGAGGGUUUUGGGAAAAAACUUGUUUGCUUUCUAUUUCUUCCACCCUGUUGAUAUGCAGAGAGUGUUGGCUGUCGGUCCUAGGCAUUUUGUCAACCAUGUUAUGGUCUUGAAAGAAGUGCCGAUUGGGAAACAUGUGACAAGAGACAAGUUGUAUGAAGUUCCCUUUUGGAUACAAAUCCAUGGCCUGCCUCCUGAUCGUUUGACGAUAGAAACAAGCAAGCAAAUAGGUGCUGGACUAGGACGCUGUGUAGAAGUGGAUGAUGGUGGGAGUGAUUCUUGGGGGGGGGUGUUGAUUAGAGCAUCUAUGGAAAGCAGUAGGGGUAUGUUAUCCCUAGAACGAAGGAAGGCAAUCACAGAUCAUACUGACAACUUAGGAUCAAAGGCUAUAGAAAUGGAAAGAAAAUAUGCUCCUAAUGAUGGCAAUAUCAUAAAAGAAGGCAGGAGGAAGGAAAUUGCUGUUGCUUUUGAAAUUGGUGACGUGAACAUAGGAGGAGCAACUGUUUCUGAAAUUCCUACUAAGCAUGAUGAGCUAAAUGGGCCAGCUUUUUUGCAAACCCAUCUUCUGGCUGAACCGAAACGUGAUGCUCGGGACCGUAAACUAAAAGCUACUACUUCACAGUCAAUUACUCCUGUCGCCAUGAGUAUUCUCUAUUGGAACUGCUGGAGGCUUGGGAACCCUCGAGCAGUUCGUUGCCUCAUUGAACUGGUGAGGUUAAAGACGCCUUUAGUAGUGUUUUUGAGUGAGACACUACUUGAAAAAAGACGUAUGGAAUGCAUCAGAAGAAGGUUAGGUUACAGGAACUGCUUUACGGUUGAUCAGAAAGGGCGAGAGGUCCAGAUGGUGGGUGGCUUAUUUACUUGGCGACAAGGCAGAAUUUAUGAUAAACUGGAUAGGGGGUUAGCAACCUUGCGUUGGAUGAAUCUCUUUCCUCAAGCUCAGAUCCACUUGCUUCCGCCACUAGCCUCAGAUCAUACCCCGCUUUGGGUCACCCUUGAUGGUAGAAGAGACCGGCAAAGCAAGCAUAAGAGAAGAUUACGCUUCAAGGAAAUGUGGCUACAAGAUAAUGGAUGCCAAGAGAAGGUGUGUGUAUGUUCAAAAGGGCUACAUUGUUGGAGUGAAUCCAAAUUUGGGCAUGUCCAAAAAAGGCUAAAGCAGUGUGUGGAUAGGUUGGAUAUGUUACGGCGAGGCCAGAAUCCUCAAGCCACUUAUCAUGAAGAGCAAUGCCUUAUCCAGGACAUGGAGGAGUGGCUUGCAAGAGAGGAGAUAAUGUGGAGACAGCAAAGCCGUGAGAUAUGGCUCCAAGAGGGGGAUCGAAAUACUCAUUUUUUCCACAAAAGAGCAUCUAGACGACAAGAUAGGAAUAAGGUGGAUCAUCUACAAGAUGAGACUAGGGAAUGGAAGUCUAAGCCUGAUGAGCUGCAAGCCAUUGCUACUAGCUAUUUUAACAAUCUUUUUUCAUCUUCCUACCCUUCAAAUACUGAGACAGUAACUAGUUGCUUAAAGCCUUGUAUUGUUGAUCAGGACAAAGCUCUUCUUCUACAAGAAUUCACAAAAGAGGAAGUCACUAAAGCACUUUUCCAAAUGCACCCUUUGAAAGCGCCAGAACAAAGCGCCUUCCUACCAAAUAGGCUCAUCUCAGAUAAUUUUCUCAUCGCCUAUGAGGUCCUUCACUACAUGAGAGCAAGACGACGACGGAAGCGGGGAUGGCAAGCUAUUAAGCUUGACAUGAGUAAAGCCUUUGACCGGGUUGAAUGGUCUUACCUUGAGGCUAUAAUGAAAUCCCUUGGCUUUGCAGAGAGAUGGAUCUCAUUGAUAAUGGGCUGUGUGACUUCUGUGAGCUAUGACAUUCUUCUAAAUGGAAUGGCCAUUGGAAGGGUAAUUCCAUCUUGUGGGCUUGGGCAAGGCGAUCCAUUAUCACCUUAUCUCUUUAUAUUGUGUGCAGAGGGGUUAACAGCCAUGCUCAGGGAUGCUGAAAAAAGCAGGCUUAUCCACGGAGUUACCCGUGCAGGUUGGAUGGGUUGCCCUUUAAGCUUAAGCACCUCAGAAAUUCAGAUUUGCACCACUAGGAAUGAUUUGUUAUGGAAUGGUAAGGCUGUGAAUCCACCACUUAUCAUUGAACAGAGUUUGCAUUUUUUAGAUGAGCAUAAACGGGUUACUAUUUUGAAAGGAGGAGCACCACCCACAGGUAGUAGAACUGGCUCAAGGUGGACUCCCCCACUUGAUGAUUCUGUUAAGAUUAACGUUGAUGGUGCAUUAUCCUUGCAACAGAGAACAUCUGGUAUGGGGGCAGUAGCUCGUGACUCCUUCGGCACAGUGCUGGGGCAGCGUUGUCGUGCAAGGGACAAGAGGUGGUAGUUGCUGAAAUUACUGAAGCAUGCAGUUUAAGAAAGGCUUUGUAGUGGGCUAACGAACUGUGCUUCAGAAAGGUGAUUGUGGAAUCUGAUUACGCCAGUAUUAUGACAGCUAUUAACACUGAAAUUCCCAAUCCGCAUUCCUCUCUGGGCUCUGUUCUCUCAGACUGUAGAAUGAUCAUGACCUCCUUUUUUUCCUGCACAAUCCAACAUGUUCAUAGGGAGGGAAACUCAGUUGCUCAUGAAUUAGCAAAACGUGCUCUUCAUGCAGAGGCGGAUGAGUACUGGCUUGAAAGGGUACCCACUGAUAUUGCGCCGCUCGUGACAGGUGAUAAACCAAGUGCUUGUACUCAUUGAGUUUUGUAAACCUUGUCUUAUAUAUGAAAUAAACUGCGCAUGAUUCA